CGAACCAUUGUUGAUAUAUUGAUCGCAGCUGUAGUUGAUACCCCUAUUCCUACAUACAUGAGGAGCACUGCUCGAGUAUUCCUAUCCAAAUUCUUCAGAACAGAGGAGUGAACGUGGCUCUGGAUGUAAAUGGCUUCAACACCUGUCGUCGGCAGUGUAAAGUCCGACCAACCCGGCACGCUUUUCCAAAAUGAUUUUAGUCUGCGUCCGGGCGAGGCCACACAACACAUAAAUUUUCCCACGCUUCACCUCUUCACUUCUUCACCUCAACGUUUCUCGCUCGCACCGUCGCACCCCUAUCAGAAGCAGGUCUGGAGCAUAGCUCCGAUGCUCGCGGCUCUUUAUAAUGUCUUUUAUUUUUCCAUCUUGAGCACGAGACACUUAGCAGCGUUCAUCCUUGGCACAAGUAAUGUACGUGUUCUUCAAUCUCUUUCAUUCUUGUCUUCCUGCAAUGAUGAAUAGCCUCUUUCUAUAAAUUGUUUCAACCCCUUCUGAUCUACCUUGAUUAGAAUUGUGCUUUUGACACACUGAAAAUGACUUCCGCCUGAUGUUCAUACCUCUUAGCUCAGUACUGUCGCGCGCUAAUAGCUAUUUAGAACUAGGUGCGA